CGCGGGAGAAGCUAGCGGGGACCCACCUGAGGGGCAAGCGGCGGGCAGGCGGGCGAGUGAGGAGCCGGGGCGGGUGAGGGUCCGCCGGGGACCCACCUGAGGGGCAGGCAGGCGGGUGAGGGGCCGGCGGGGGACCUUUCGGACGGGCGGUAUCACCGGACAGGCGGGAGGGGACGCGGAGAGGUCUGAGCGGGGCUAGGGGUCCAACCCGCGGCGGUCUCGGACCCUGAUGCCCGACGCUGUCGGCGGAGUGACAGUCCUGGGGAGAAGAGAGCGAGGGCUAUUUGCCGUGCGCAUGGUGGUGUCCGUGGGCCCCUACCGAUCGUAAGCACCGUCUGUGAGAUCUGCAUUAGCAGCCCCACGGUGCGGCGGGGGGACUGAGGCUCACAGCUGGUGGCGGGGUAGGAGCGGAAACCAGCUUAGCCGCCGGGCCGCUUAAUCCCUGUCGUCUGAAAUGCUUUCCAAGGCCUCGCUGUGCCAGGCGCUGCCCAGGCUUGCUUCAUGGCCCCUGGGCAUUAGGAGGUCAGCCUCUGUGGAGAAGAGCUUUGGUGAUUGUUGCUGGAUUGCUUGGCAAAGGUAAUGGCCAGUACUGAAGCCCACGUUGAGCCGGAGUCUGUUAAAGCCAGGUUCCACCACGGGGAACACACUUCUGCCCUCGCCAGUGUGCAGCUGUCAACAGCCCGUCCACAGAUGCUGCUAAUCCAGAUGCCUGCCGAGUGCCGGCACUGAGCUCAGAGCUAGAGGUGAAAGGAUGGGUGAGACCCUCGUUGGCUCGACAGAGCCCACAACCUGUUAAGGGAAGUAAAUAGGCAAUCACACAACAGAGUUCAGGCAUUUCACACAAAUACAGGUCGCCUUUUAUUAUCCUAAUCAUUUCCCAUGUUUUUAUAACUUUUCCAAGGGCAAGGAUGUGCCCUUUUACUCUCCCUGCUCCUCCUAAUCAGCGUUAUUGCUUUCUAAAUGGGAGUCACUCAGAUAUUUGUGAUUGAUUGAUUCUCCAGAGCGAGGGCCACAACUUCUUACAUUUCUUGUGGCCCACACAGUACCCUGCACGGUGUUGGGAAUAUUGUAGCGCCUAUGGGUUAUUAGUGAAAGUAAUAAGUGUAAGAACCUUAAAGUUGUAUCAACAUAAUUGUGUUUGGAAAAAACAGGGUUCUCCGGGUUCCUAAAGGAGGGACAGCUGCCUGUGACUGGGCACUCUAAAUACCUCCAGUGGGAUGUGGUGUGUCAGGCAGACCUGAAGGGAGAGGAGGUACCAAGGCCUGAAAGGCAGAAAGAGAUAGGCAGGUGUGUGGAAGCAAGGACUAGUAGUGCUUGAGCCACGUUUUGAAUCCACAGAGAGGAGUGAUAGGAGGCGAGGCUGAAGUGGGCAGCAGGACGUUGUAGGCCAGAGCUCCUUGUGACUCUGUGACCAAGGGAUCCCCGGGCAGUGGAGCAGAAGGCGGAGGAGAAGCUUCCUGGAGUUGGUGCUGAAGCCGAGCCUUGAAGAGUGAGGGUUUGUCGAAGGGACAGAGAGCUGAGCAGAUUUGGCAGUGGACACCAGUGUAGAGCUCCCAGCAGGAAAGAACAAGCCAAGUGCUGGAAACUGGCCAUAUGGGCCUACACAGGCUGCAUCUUACAGAUGUGUGUUCCCUAAGCACACCCAAAUCUGGAGUUUUGAUUUCUGGAGUGGCUUAGUAGCACAGCUAGGUGCAGGAGGCACCAGCGGUGUUCGUAGUGAGCUCCAAGAGGCUCUGGGACUGGGCUGCAUGCCAUGCUGAGAAGAUCCAGGCCUAGCCAGAGGGCGUAGUUAGUGGAAGCCUUUAGCUCUUGGCCCUUAUGCCUUAGAACUACAUGUGCGGGGUUAGCAAAUUGAAGUAAAAUGGGCAGGCGACGAAGUAACAAGAUUGGAAACCACCUGUUGCCCUUCAGAAGGGGACUUUCUGAGUAAAUUUUGGCCUGUCCCUACAAUGGAAUACUGUGCAACUUCAGAAAAGGACGGAGGUACUCUUGUAUACCACGUGGGCUGAUCUGCAAGCUGUUUGGCGAGAACACCAACGUGCAGGGCAGUGUGUGCUCUGUAGUGCACCACCUCAGGUGUUUCCAAACAGGACAUUCGUGAACAGAUUUGGGACUACAUGGAAUCACAAAAUUUAGCUGAUUUUCCCCGGCCUGUUCAUCACAGGAUUCCCAACUUCAAGGGUGCUUCUCGUGCUGCUGAGCAUUUCCCACGCUUGCAAGCUUUCAAAACGGCCAGAACCGUUAAAGUCAACCCUGAUGCUCCCCAGACGAAUGCUCGCUUCUUCGUCCUUGACAGCAAAAAAACAUUGUUGGUUCCAACACCACGACUGAGAACGGGGUUAUUUAAUAAGAUCACACCACCUCCCGGGGCAACUAAAGACAUCUUGAGAAAAUGUGCCACCUCUCAGGGCGUGAGGAACUACAGCACUCCCGUGGGCUUGGAUUCCAGGGUCCUUGUGGACUUAGUAGUGGUGGGGUCCGUUGCUGUUUCUGAAAAAGGCUGGAGAAUUGGGAAAGGAGAAGGUUACGCUGAUCUGGAAUAUGCCAUGAUGGUGUCGAUGGGAGCUGUCAGCCAGGGGACGCCGGUGGUCACCAUCGUUCAUGACUGCCAGGUCAUCAACAUACCUGAAGCGCUGCUUGAGGACCACGACCUAACAGUGGACUACAUUCUCACUCCGACGAGAGUCAUUGCCACAGGGUGCGAGCGCCCAAAGCCAACAGGAAUCUUGUGGUCCAAGAUCAGCUGUGAGGUGAUGGGGAAAAUCCCAAUACUCAGAAGCCUUCGUUACCGAGAGAGGCAGGCUGGGAAAGAUGUCACCCUUCAGGAUGAGCCCCGGCACCUUCUGGGAACCAGCAGCCAGCAGCCACCUCCCCUGGGCACUGUCAGAAGACCCCAGGACCCACACCAGCCCGGAUCCUGUUCCGGGCAGGGGGAGGAUGGGCCUGCUAACACUGUUUACAUCGGUAACCUUCCCCGGGACGCCCGAGUGAGUGAGCUGAAGAAAGCCCUCCGAGAACUGGGCGCAGUCCCCCAGAGGCUCACGUGGCAGGGGCCACAGCGCAGGGCCUUCCUCCACUACCAGACCCCCGCCUCAGCCCAGCAGGCUGUCUCCUGCUUGCAGGGCUUGCGCCUGGGUGCUGCCACCUUGAAGGUGGCACUGGCCAGGCAGCAGAGGGCCGGAGACGUGACAGGCAGCUGCUCAGAGGAGCCAUACCCUGACUUCCGCUCGGCUGUCUCCGACCUGUGAUGAUGUGCUGCUCUGGUCCCCGUGGAACUUAAGGGGCCCGUACAGUGGGACUCGGCGAAGUGUUUCUGCAUGAGCUGCUUUGCGCCCAGUCCUUUCCAGGAUGGCCCAGCCUUCUGUUACUAUCUGGGACCUCCUGACGAGUAGCAAGGUAGCCAGUAGUGCACUGCCGACAUGUCCAGGCCUUGCCCUGAGUCCUUCAGCCUGCCUGCUGGAUGUUACAGCUGUGCUGGUUUCUCUGUAGUAGUUCAGAGGCUGUGGGGAACCAAGCGGGUGAUGAACAAGUGGGAGUAGAUGGUAACAGCGGUUAGGAGCGCCUGCGCCCUUGAUUUCGGGGGGGGGGGGCAGGGAUUAGUGGGGAGAGGCCCUAGCAGGGAUCAGGUGCCAAGCACACCGUGCUGUCCUUGGAUCCUUGGUCUGGUAUGACUACAGCAGGAGAGCUGUAUUCACAUCGCAGAAGCCAAGUCCCCUGAGUGCAAACUGCUUGUCACAGCUCAGUGCUAGUGCCAGUGAUGGAGAGCCAGUGUGUCGUGCGGGUGGCAUGCAUCUCACUUCUGUGCCCUCCUCGCCUUUCCAGCCUCCCGCCGUGUCUGGGUGAACGCCCUGCACACCUCGCUGUCUUGUAGGAGGUGCUGGUUGUGGAGAAAGCUGUCCCAGCCUGCGUCUCAGUGACAGAGAUGCUCGUGCUGGUUUGCCCAAUGCCUGAUGUUUCUUGGGAUUUUCCUCCAGUUUUCUGUUCCUAAAAAACAAAACUAGAUUUUGGCUGAACUAUGCUUUCUAAACAGAAGUAUUUUUGCAUUUGAUCCUGAGCAAAAAGUCAAAGUAAGCAUUUUAAUGGAGAUUCCAUUUUUUUUUUAAUGUAUAUGUGUUCAAAAUUUUGAUUUUUUUUUUCACCAGAGGGUCUUACUGAGCAUGUUUUAAGCAUACGAUCAUACCUCAAGAGGGUAGGCCUUACAUGUACUUUCAAUAAAACCUUGAGGUACUAUCUCCCUUUGCAAAAGCAUUUUACUGUUGGUUUUACAAUGAAAAUAUUGUGGAGAUGUCAGAAGGGAAGUCUGCGUUUAGAUUGCUCAUUAAGUGCGGGCUCCUUUCCCCAGGCGUCAUGAAUAAAGCGAAGGGCAGAAAUAUCUGAAAAACAGGCCAGCACCUCUCCUUUGGGCUUCUGGGCCCACUCUUCUCCGCCUGAACCAUCUACCGAAUCCACGUGGCUGGUUUCAUUUUGUCACCCGGCGCUCAGCUCAGACAAAUCUGGUCAUCUAACUCCUCGCAUUUGGGGGUUUUUUGGGGGAGGGGGUGGUGGUUUGCCUUGCUGUUGUUUUGUUUGUUUCCUUUUUUUCAUAAUUUUUUCCUGUAUUUGACAUAUUCUUGUUUAGUCCUUGUUGAUUUUUUUUUGUCAUUGAUCUUUCACCAUUUGAGUAGUACUCCAGGAGAUCAGGAAAUGAGUCUGUGGCUGUCUUGUUCACUCCUCACGGCGCCCCAGCUGUGAGGGCACCUGGCAGACACAGAGCAGCUCAGGAAAAAUGGGAGACGUGGAUGGAUGCAUCAGAGCCAAGAGGGAGGAGCGCGCCUGAUCACAGCACUGGGAGUGUGUCCCGCACCCGACACCAGCCAGCCUCCCAGUUAGGCCAGCUUGCUUGACUUUGCUGUCGGUUACAGCCGGAAUCAUCCAGAUAUGUUGAUGUACAGAUCAUCUGAAUGAAUUCAUUGUUUUUA